CUUACUAUCCCUAUUGUCCUUUCCCCUAUCCCUUUCUCUCUUUCAUCUUCACCUGACCCUAUCAAAGGAACCCAGCUUUCCAUCUCGCUACUAGACGAUGAUGUUUUGAACUCCUUCUUCAUCGUUUUCUCUACUUCCCCUUCUUCUUCUGCUCUCCAAUGGCUAUCACCGCUGCAAACGUUUAACAAAAAAAAACAGCCUUUUUAUUCAUACCCAAUGCCAGUGUAUCCACGCUCGUUCCAUUUUCCCAUGUCAAGACACUCCAGCGGUGCUCAAUGUCCCUCGGAAUGCUUUCCUUUUUCUUCAGGAGAAAAGGGCAUUGGUCCUAAAACUGGAAAGCCAUUGCACUACAAGGGUUCCUUUUUCCAUCGAGUCAUGAAAGGUUCCCUGGCCCAGGGUGGUGAUUUUGGAAGAAGAGAUGGAACUAGUGGGGAAAGCAUAUAUGAUGGGAAGUUUCCAGAUUCCUGCUCAGGAUUUGACAAUGAGACAGCUCAGAGGUUAUGAAAUUAAGGUAGAUAGCACUGUAAUAUUUCCAAACAUAUAUGAUGAUACUUAACUAUUUCUUCUAUCAUACAUGUGAUAUACCCUUGGACAUACCCUUGAGCAUGUUCCGUAGUUUUGCUGAGCCCUCCAUGUGGAUCAAUGAAAAAUGCUGGUUGCAUUGCAAAAGAAACUGGCACUUUUAAGUUUGCAUUGUGGUUAAGACUUAUGUUACUCAGACUCAAUGAUGACUGUUGGGUGGGGUAUAUGUCUAAGACGGGUAUGCUCAAUUUUAUUUAUAUUUUCCUAUACAUUUGGAGGAUUGCCGCCCAAUUCUUAUGUCCGAAACAUAUAUAUAUAUAUAUAUAUAUAUAUAUAUAUAUAUGGAUGCCGGACACAGGUACUUCAGAAAAUGAAGACUUGGAGUAACAUGGGUAUUUGUAUCCGAAUGUCAAUAUAUAUGCUAAAUAUCAUUGAAUGAAACAAAGUAAAAAAUGGUAUUUUCUUGCAAAUAACCUGGUUUAAGUUGUUUUAUGCACAUGUGCUAUGUACAUGUGCCUUAUACACAGUAUUUGCACUUAGUUACAUACUAGUACAUAGGCUCGAAUUAAUGGGGUUCUAAUUUAUUUUUUUUUGCUUUUCCCUUUCAAGCUGUUUGGGGUUGAAAUGUAACAUGAUUAAUAUCUUUUGAGCAGAUUAUAUCAAAUAUUUUAUGUAUUUCUUUUCAAAACAAAUAGACAAACCUAUUUGUUUGUUUUUUUGUAUUUCUCAUGCUAACAAGCACAUUAAGCUGUACAAGGAUAUGCAAUUUUCAGUUAUAACAUUGGACUAAUAUUUUCUAUUUUUCUUCAUAUUGAGUUGAUGUGUACAUGAUUUAUUGAAAAAAAAGCUUUAUAAAUGUUUAUGUCAUGUUUUAUAUGUACAUAGAUAUUUUCUUUCAUCUUUUGAAAUUCAUUGUGGAAAUGCUUAAUGAUACUGUUUAUGUCAAGUUCUGAGGGGAAGACUGAUGUUAUGAAAAAGAUUAAGUUUCCACAGAUGAAGUAGAAAUCUGCUAGUAAAACUGUUCGACGAUAAGCAAAGAGGCAGCACUACCUUGUCCCAUAAAAGAAAUUUUGGAAAAGGAAAAGAAGAUAUUGAAGGUGUAGUGGAUGAUUCAAUCUCUUCAAGCUGGAAAAGCCAAGGCUUAGCACUUUUUCAAGUAGAGUGUUAUUUAAUGUUGUAUUCCAUGGUUGUUUAUCUUAGUCGGAACUUGAAUUAGGUGUUAUUGAAAUAGGGUUUUGUAGCUACCUUGUGUACUAGUUUAUUUAAUUAUAAUUGUUAAUUAUGUUUUGUAGUUUCUUUUA